GUCUGAAUUCCGAAGAAACAAAAAUAUGAAGUUCCCCAACCACCUCUCCUGCCUUCUCCUGCUGAGUUUUGGGACCUCUCUCCCUGCCGCCGACCUCCAAGCCCCAAAACACCCUGGAGAAGAAUUCCAAGGGCUCCCAAAUGAACCAGGCUUUGGGGAGGACGGAGGUGUGAAGUGGCGGCGUUCGCCCGUCGAUCUGAACCCCCUUUUCAGCAUCGCCAAAGAGCUUCAGAGCUUCGGGAAAGAGAAAGCGGGGAUCCAAUUCCGAUUUGGGAGGCAGGACACGGACGAGAAUCUCAACGCCGUCACGGAUCUACUGAAAGAAGACGGUGAGAAAGAAGCCAAAAAUUUGGGGACCCUCACAGAACGACGGAAUGGCUACUACGAUGGGAAGAUCUGGUUUGGGAGGCGGAAACGAGAAGUGCUUCGUGCCAAAGGUAGCUUUCCUGGAGCUCCAAAGCUGACAGGAUCCAUUUGAUGUGAUCCUGUACACAAUCCAUUUGCAAUGCUUGAUGUGCUCCUAAAUCCGUCGCCCAUUUCUCAACCUCUCCGCAGUCUCCAGGGAUCUGAAAGUUUCCAAUUGGUUCUUUCUUGUUUCUUAACCUCUCCUCUCCAAAAUGAAGUUGGUGUCAUAUCUAAAGGGGUGUCACCAAGAAGAGGGGGUCCACCUGUUCUCCAAAGAACCUGAAGGCAGGACAAGAAGCCACGGGUGGAAACUAAUCGAAGAGAGAAGCAACCUAGAACUAAGGAGAACUUUUCAAAUUUCCUAACAGUGAUAACAAUUGCUCAGUGGAACCGCUUGCCACCAGAAGUUGUGAGUACUCCAUCACUGGAGGUUUGCAAGAAGAGACUGGACAACCAUUUGUCUGAAAUGUUGUAGGGUCUCCUGCUUGAGUGGAGGGUUGGACUAGAAGACCUCCAAGGUCCCUUCCAACUCUGAUAUCCUGUUAUUCAGAAGAGCAUGAGAUAGAUCCAAGCUAACUGCCACCAAUCAAUUUUUCUCCAGUUCCUUUGAAAGACCCAAGGCCAUUUGGACCAUCCAAGGUGGACUUUUGCUUGCCAGGUGCUGUACUUGGUGGGAGACAAUGCAGCAGCACCUGCCAUUUUCACCUCUUCAG